AUGUCCCCUGCACGAUGCGGUUUGAUACACAUACCGUCGUACGCGACAGAAGUCACCGAUGCCGACGAAGAGGUCUUCCUCCUUUACACUCGUCUAGCCUCCAUUCAUCCCGUCGACGGUGAGAGCAAGGAGCCCUUUCGUGGUCUGGGUUAUCUCGACGGCAAAUCCGAUACGCUCACCGUCCGACUUGAGCUCAAGCCACCUACUGCCGAACCUCCUACUUCAAACACUUUCACACCUACAGGAAAAAAGAGUGGACGGAAUAAGAGUCGGAGUGCCCAUGGAAAGGCUAAAAAGGAGAAUGAUGAUGGGACGAAGGUUAUUGAGGUGGAAUUGGCGCAGGAUCGGACUGCAUUGAGGAGUCGGAGUGGGGAUACGGGGAGCGUUUUGUGGAGGGCAAGUAUCGACUUCGCGCGUUUUGUUCUUCAGCAGUAUCAUUUCCCUGUUUCAGACGGACUUUUCGACCCGCCAGAUUUGGAUAACGCGCAUAUCCUAGAGCUUGGUGCCGGAACAGGCCUCUUCAGCCUCCUCAUAGGCACACUCGUCCGUCGCUACACCGCAACAGAUAUCCCCGCCCUCGUUCCCCUCCUACAGAAAAAUAUACCUCAUCAACCACCUUCGUCUUCUUCUCUCCAUUCACACUCACAUGGGCACUCGCAGACUCCAACCCGACCACACUCGAUAUCUGCCGCUGCCCUCGACUGGACCCUCCCCGUACACCGUCAGCUCCCGGACCCAGUCCUCCAGGACACGCCCGAUAUCCUCCUCGCCGUAGACUGCAUCUAUCACCCGUCGCUCAUUCCGCCGUUACUGAAGACGAUCGAGGAAUUGAGUACGAAGGAUCGGACGGCGGUGGUGAUUGUUUGUGAACUAAGAGCGGAGGAUGUGGUUAGAGAGUUCUUGGAGGGGUGGUUGAAUCUGAGCACGGGGAAGGGAGGUGAAGUUGGCUCUAAAUGGAGAAUCUGGAGCCUGAGUGAUGUAGAGGAGAGUCAAUGGAAUGAGGAUGGUGGUCGCGGAUUGGGGCCUAGAUAUGGGAUGUGGGUUGGUUGGAAGGUCUGA